GUGGGGACAGAAUUUUAAACAUUCUUUCAUUGAUGCCCUCCCCCCUAGCCAUCUCCACCCUCCUUCACUGGCAGGGGUGGGGGCAGAGAUUGACCUGCCCCCAUUUCUGACCUCCCAGAGCCAUCUCUACGUCCCCAUGUGCUCACAGGGUUGGGGGCAGAAAUCCAACUCCCCUCCCCAGCCAUCUUUACAUCUCUACCAUUACUACUCCCACAGAGAGCCAGCUCCAUCCCACCUGUGCACACAGGCUGAGGGCAGAGAUUUGACCACUCUACUAUUGCUAGCCCCUCCCCCCUGCCCAACUCAGCACCAUGCAGAAUUGCACCCGGUUGCAUGUGACCUUAGGCCAUGGCUGGAUGUGUUUAGGGAUUAUUGGUUUGAGGAAUAGUGCCCUAUUUUGUGUAUAUUUGGAAUGGCAUGUGUAAAAUAAUUGAUCAGAUAUGUUUAGUAACUUCCUGUGGGUGUAAACCAACUUUGCAAAAUUGUCCUGAAAACUCACCAGCCCAGAUUAUAGCUUUUGAUGAACUGAAGACUGAUUACAAGAAUCCCAUAGACCAAUGUAAUACACUCAAUCCUCUUGUACUUCCAGAGUACCUCAUCCAUGCAUUCUUCUGUGUUAUGUUUCUCUGUGCAGCAGAGUGGCUUACACUGGGUCUCAAUAUGCCUUUGUUGGCUUACCAUAUUUGGAGGUAUAUGAGCAGACCUGUGAUGAGUGGACCAGGUCUUUAUGAUCCCACAACCAUUAUGAAUGCAGAUAUUUUAGCAUAUUGUCAGAAGGAAGGAUGGUGCAAACUAGCAUUUUACCUCCUAUCGUUUUUUUACUACCUAUAUGGCAUGAUUUAUGUUUUGGUGAGCUCUUAAGAAGACACUCUGCAAACUUGGUUCCAGUUAAGUGCAUGCAAAAGCCACAAAACAAAAGGAUUCUUUCCAACAAGAAACUGUUACCAAGAUAAAACUAUGGAAUCUGAUGAUCACAGUUGCAUUAGAAAAAAAAAAAAUGACCCCCCCUAUUUUUAAAAUGUUUCCACACUUUAUCUUGUGGAAAGACUGUUUUCGUAUAUUUUACUGGGAUGUUGAAAUUAAAAAGAAUUAAGUAUAAAUUGAUAUUAAAUGAUUCUCUGGUUUUGAACAGUUUUGACUUUGCGCUCCAUAAGGAACAGCCAUAAUUCUUCAAGUAGUUAUUAAUUACUGACUGUCCUUAGUAUCCUAGAAUUUUUUGUUUACAGGACCUUAUAGUGGCUCACUUUGGACUUCUGAAACUUCAUUUAUCUAUAAAUCAGCUGUAGCUAUAAAGUACUUUUGAAGGACUGAAAGCUUUGUAUUUUCUCUGCAGAUAUCUUCACGGAUACACAUGUAGAAAGAGUAGUUCUGUUUUUUAUAUUUGGGCAUCUUUCCCUGCGUAUGCAUGGUUCUGAAACUUCCAUAUUUCCACCAAACACUAAAUAUCCUUGCUUUAAUUUUCAAGCAUAAGUUAUUGUGAUAGGAAACAUUGAGUUGUCUGUGAAGGAAUGAAUUUAAAAGAUUCUAUUUUUAAAUGUUUGUGCAACAGUCUUAUUAACCAAUUGGCUAAUAAUGCAAGAUUGAUCAAACCUAAUGGUAAAAAUACAGCUCCUAUGGGUUUACAAGUCACACUAAAGACAUUUCCAAGACAAAGUGAGACUGAGAAACUGCCCUGCUGUUCCUUAGUGGAAUAAAUAAAAAUCUCAAAUUCAGAAA